UUUUUGCAGACAGUUUAGGCUUAUCCUUGCUCCCAUGUAACGAAACAUUCUGCUUUUUAUUCCUGUUAAAGACCACAGCUAAAUGCAGGGGAAACUCCAGAGAUCCUUCAAAAAAUAACAGUUGUCAGCACCACUCCCUCUCACAAACUGUUCAAAUAAGACUGUGUGAGCACCGUUACAGCAAGACACAGCAUAUCUGCAGCAUUUUCACUUUUGUGAAGACUGAGUGGUACUAAAUCAUAGCUUACACAAUGGAACACCUAGUUCUUUACUUUCACCUACUUUGCAAGUGCCUUUUGCAGGAACUGGAGGGCUCAGAGAUUCCUUGCCCCGUCAUACACAGGAUGCAGAAAUUGAGUGCAAGUGCAAAAUACAAUUUUCACUUUAUGAAUCUGCAGAACAAUACUGACCCAAGAAGGGAGAAAAGGGAGGAGGAGUGGAGAUCAGUUUCAGAUUCCAUCAAGCACAACCAACUCCUCCCCUCUCAGCCACAUAUCUGCUGUAUCGCCACAUCCAGCCAGGGGCCUUCCUUAGUGUGCAAAACAGCUGAAAGCUACUUACCCCUCAGGAUGAGAUCAAGGCAGCUGGUGUGUGGGAUCUGGAGUCUGUGUUUCACAUUCUGCCUCUUCUGCAUCUUUCUUCACCAAACCACAGCAAAAAGAAAACUGAAGUUUGUGUCUGUAGUGUUUCACCACGGUGAUCAUACCCCACAGGAGUUUUUUCCAACUGACAAGCACAAAGAAAUUGCAAGGCAGCAUGGAUAUGGACAGCUUACCAAGUUUGGCAUACAGCAACAAUAUGAGCUUGGACAGUAUAUGCGGAGAAGAUACUCCUAUUUCCUGAGUGUUGUUUAUAAACAGACUGAGAUUUAUGCUCAGAGCACUGACUGUGAUCAAACACUUAUGAGUGCUCAGGCAACACUUGCUGGGCUGUAUCCACCAACACAAGGCCACAUUUGGAACCCCAGAAUCCUUUGGCAGCCAAUUCCAGUUCACACAGUGCCACUGUCACAUGAUAAUUUGCUGUAUGUACCUUUCUCACACUGCCCAAAAUACAAUGAGCUUCUUAGAGAAACCUUUGCAACAAGAGAUUUCCAAAAGCAGCUCAAGCAGUACAGGUCUUUUCUCAAGUUUUUAGCCUCUCACACUGGAUACCCACUGAAGAAAUUGAACAGUGAAAGAAUUUUGAGGAUCUCUGACACUUUACAAUAUGAGGAUAUUAACAAUUACACUUUACCUGCUUGGGCUUCUCAUGGCGUCAGGACCAAGCUGAUAAAGCUCUCAGAAUUGUUAUUAAAGGCGGAAUUUGGGUUCCACAAACAAAUACAAAAAUCACGUUUGCAGGGAGGUCUUCUUUUAAAAACUAUCCUAAAGCAUAUGUCAGAUGCUAGAAAGCCUUCACACCAUCAAAAAAUGAUUAUAUAUUCUGCGCAUAGAGCCACCAUUGUUGCCUUACAGAUGGCACUCGAUGUUUUCAAUGGGAAGUUGCCUCCUUACAGUGCUUGUCAUUUUUUUGAACUCUACCAGGAAAAAAAUGGCAGGCAAUACACCAUAGAAAUGUACUAUCGGAAUAAUACUUUGAGAGAUCCCCACCCUCUUACUCUCCCCGGCUGCAGUUUUCGCUGUCCACUGGAGAGAUUUACUCACUUGGUCUCCCCAGUCCUCGCACGACAUUGGACAAGAGAAUGUAGGAUAUAGGACAUAGAAUGAGGUGUUGCCUCCAGGAAAUUCAGCGUGAUUAGCUUUUGAAACAGGUCCUCCCACAGUGUGAUGUUACUACAGUCUGACAUUUCUCAUUAACUUCCAUCAGUAUGAACAACAGUCUCCUGAUCUCUAUCAGAAAAAAAACAUUCAUCAGUACAGCAAAGCAAAAUUACAGAAAGCAGUGACUUACUUCUCCUUAACAGUAGCUUUCUUUUAUCAAGUAUGAAACCCAAAUGUAUUGUGAAAAUUGAGUAUUUUUUCUAGGUUUAUUCAUUGCAAAGUGAUUUGAUAGGACUAAUUCAAGAACAUAAUUUCAGUUAUAGUGUUUUGAAGGGCUAUAGCCUUAACUUAGAGCAAAAUUGGAAAAUACCUCUGAAGGAGUGUUGUUCCCUUUUGAAGACUGGGACAACUUACAGAACUGGUGAGGGAGGCUGUGCUUCAAAAGGAGCCAGCAGCUGGGAAGUCAUGCCAGUUUCCUCAUACUUUAUUUUAUUCAAGAAAUAAUUAAGUAUUUUACACAAAUAGAUCUCAGCAGCUACAAAAAUAACAAUAAUGGCUGUUUACUUAGUGAAUACUUGUCUUUUCUCGUGUAUGGGGAGCAGGGUGAGUGUUUUUUUUUUCUUUGUCUACAUACACAAAUAUUACACCUGUAUGUAGAAGGAAGGUGAGAGUUAUGGAAAUAAUGGACCAUGGGGCUACUCCUAAAAGCAGCCUACAAACAAUCAGUCUGGCUGUCAUAAAGACCUGGCAGGCAAUUUGUUGACCCAACAGGGCUUUCACAUACUGAGUCAUUGUGUCUUUUCCCAAAAAGAUAGCAAGGCUAAGUGUCAACUUCGAAAGAAAAAUCAUUUGUGAUUUCAAAUAGCUUUACAAACGCCUUCCUUUUGUUCUGUUACCUUGAUAAUGUACUUUCUCUGAUAAUAUAAAGUUUGCGCUUCAGAGAAGUUUGUCACUCCAUGCUGUUCUUGACAUUAACAAAAAGAUCCUGCUGGCAACACAAAAGACUCCACAGCUUUGUGCUAGUUAAAACAUGCAGAAUGUGCUGGGCAAUACUUCACUAGUUUUAUUUUCUCAUACUGCUACUGCAAAAACAAUCUGUGGUAUUACUACAAACACUGGAUUGGAACCAUCAGAUACAACUAACUUUUGACAAUAGUGGACACUUCUUUGCUUGAAAAACUAGGGUUAUUUUUAAUUUCUUACAGAAGAUAUAUGAAGCUUUGUCAACAGCCUUAUUGCCCACAGGUCAUUUCAAAGAGAAAAAGAGUAACAAAUGAAAAUGAAAUACAAACAAUUUUGCCAUUCUUUUCCUUGGAUCUGACUUUAAAAAUGCAGGCUAAGUCUAAAAAAUGUAUGUUCUCUCUUAGAACUACAGCAUAAGCAGGUAACUGCUACUACCUAAGCUACAAAAGAAUAAUAAAUAAAUAAAUAAAUAAAUAAAUAAAUAAAUAAAAAGGUCUCUUUUUCCCUCUAACAAGAGUCUAAGUUUCAGAAUUCUCACUGUUAAAGCCCAUUCUCUGCUCAGCAGGGGCCAAGCAGCAAUUCCUGUGCUUUCUAAGCCUCCAUACGAAGCAGUUUAGGAAGAACGGUAGUUAGAUUUCAUAGCAAAGAAGUUCAAAAAUACAAAUAAAAAUAAAUGAUUGCCUCCAGUGAAAAAAUGCAGCCCCUUUCACACCCUCUUAGAUGUAGCAUCUAAACAAGGAUAAAAGCAUUUUGUAAGAACAGCCAGGUGUAGCUGCUUCCCAAUGCAAAGAAGAUCAAGUUUUGUUUUUUCCAUAUUACCUCAAUGUCCAUAAUAGACAUUGGCAGAGAGCCUUCCCAGAUCUGUCAGCUCUCACAUAAGAGUUAGUGUAAACUCUUUAAAAGAUUCUUUGCAAAGCCAUCACACCUGACCUAAGCUGACUAUCACACUUCUUUAACAACAACAAUAUUAAAAAAAGAGCAAGAGAAAAGCAAUUAGAGAGGAAAAUGUAAGAUUCCAUACUUACAAGAUCAUAGCCUUGGAUUCUGAAACCAAAUUUCUACUUCUGUGCACUCUCUCUUCUAUUCUGAACUUGUUCCUAUUUCCUCUUCUUUUUCUGAAGCUGUGUCCACUUGAGUUGUUUUCAGUGUUCUAUUUGCCAAAUAUUUUUAAGAGGAAGUUCCAGAACUGUAAAAGGGAACUCCUUCUUUUCCCAUCAAAGGCAAGGGUAACCUUUCUGCUGGCUUCCCAGAUCUGAACAAGCUCACACAGAGAAUGCAACACACACAGCCAAGACAUUCUUCAUUCUUCUCUUUAGCCUACAGUUCCUUCCUCAUCCAAAUCCACCUCUCGAAAUUUUCAGAACCAUGUAAAGACCUUGCUUCUGUCUCACAGUUUUGUCCUGGGAUGGGGAAUCAUGGAGCUGCGGCCUGGCUCCAGCAGUUCCCUUCAGCUACGGAUGUGCAUCCUAGCUAAUUCAGCUACUUGCAGAACUACAACAGAAGGUCCUCCUUUUCCAUUACAUCAUUGGACCAUGUUUUCUUCCCUGCUACAUGACCUUGAGCAUUCCAGUUUCUGUGGAGAAAAGUUAAAUUUCUAAAGUAUUUCCAGAUUAUUCUACUACCCAUACUCCUAUCCAACAGAAAGCCCAUCAUAAUCAUUCUUUAUAAUGCCUUUUUUCCUUAAGACUAUCACCGCAUAACACAGAAAGACUUUAUUUCCUGCUCACUGCAAGCAAAAAUUAAUGUCCAUGUUCAUGAAAGCUGAAAUACCAAGCCAAGAUCUUUUGCAUGAGCAUAUAUUGGAAGUAUUAGUAAAUGAAUUAUAUUAGAAGCAUUGCUUUGACUUCCUUUGGAAUGAGAAAAUACAGCUUAAAUCUGAGGUUACCCCAUUAAAUGAAUGAAUGACAUGACAACUGAAAAGCUUUAUUAUUCAAAAUUUUAUUUCCAGAAUCAUGAAAUAAAUAAAUGAAAGGACCUGAGAACAGA